AUUGAAAGGCUGCGGCAACCCCCUCCCCUCCUCUUGUCUCGCCAGUCUUUUUCUCCCUCAGUCACCAUGCCUCAGGAUAUGCCCCCGCAGGGGGGCUACUUGCCCGUGCAGUACAAGCGCAACAUCCCUGCCCGUGGCUUCCGCCCCAUCUACUACCUGAUCGGUAUGCACCUGAUCAUGGGCUACGGAUACUACAAGCUCUUCUACGGUGUCCGUGAACAAUAUGAACUCGCCCGUGAGAAGAUGUGGGGCCGUAUACACAUCAUGCCUCUUCUCCAGGCCGAGGAGGACCGUGACCAGGCUCGUCGCUACUUCGCCGACAAGGCUCGUGAGAAGGAGCUCCUUGGUACGGAUGCCAAGAUCUACAACUCGGACCGCUUCGUCCGCCCUACCUUCACUUAUACCCCCAGCAAGGUCACUCAAUAAGCGCUUGGAAGAUAAUAAAAUUUUGCGUGCGUUCGAUUAUGUUGUCUUCUGUUUGCCCAGGUCGUUCCCUUUUUGGGACGGCGAGCGUCUUGCGCUUGAUCUGAUUGGGGGGUUCAUGUGCAGGCAAAUGAUGGGUUCGGAGUAUUCAGUUAGGGCGUGUAGGCUGCGGUUCCGUGAGAAUCAACAGGUGCACCGGGAUAGUCAAGAUGAGCUACUAUUGUAUGUUGUAGAUAUACCAAACCAAAGAGACCGGCCAGUUCCGCAAUGCG